UGUCAAUGUCACAGUGACGUGUAACAUUUUACGAGCGAUUAUUGAUUAAACUAAUGAAGUGUAUUUUAACUUAAAACGAGAGUAUAACAGUCUGAUAAUACAAUGUCCGCUAAAAACAAAUCUUCUGACAGUGCUAACAAAGGGAAAGUAACAGAAUCUGUUUGGAGGAAAGCGUUUGAGGCGAACGCGGAAUGGCCCGAUAAGGAGGAGUUCCUCGACGUUAUUUACUGGAUGCGACAAGCUAUUGGCAUCAUUUUGGGCUUAUGUUGGGGGUUGCUCCCCUUGAAAGGAUUCCUGGGUUUAUUGCUAUUUGUGUUAGUGAAUGCUGCAGUAAUAUAUUUUUAUGUGAGCAAUUUCCAAAACAUAGAUGAAGAGGAGUAUGGUGGUAUGUGGGAAAUCACCAAGGAAGGAUUCAUGACAUCUUUUGCUGGGUUUUUGGUCACUUGGAUAAUCAUGUACACAGGACUUCACGGAAGCAGUUUAUGAGGUUCACAUGUGUGAAGUACAGACAGACAAACAGACAAUGUAGUCUAAGUACAAGUAUUGUUAGUAGCUUGGGAAGACAAUAUGUUAGAGUCUACAAUUGAGGAUGUGUUGUAAUGAUAAAAAUGUGCAAAUUGGAAAAACUGUGUAAUAUAUGCUAUGAAUUGUAAAAACAGUUAUCAUAAGUUGUUAGAUACCUCAAAUGAUAUCAACUACUAGGUACUAUAAUAAGUGUGUAAUAGAGCAAUCUGGCUAUUAUCUAAAAUUGAUUUCCUUACUCUUUUUUCUGUGCUUUCCUUAACCUUUUGAACGCCACAGACGGCAAUUGACAUCAGCGCAAAAUCGUGACAACGACGCCAAAGACGGCAUUUGACGUCGAUCGUUUUUUGAUGAAAAUCUACAGAAAAACACCCCACUUUCAGGUUGGCAUUAUUUAUUCACAAAACUAAAUUUUACCCCCAUGGCGUCAAUGGCACGGCAAAUGGAUGCGCCGUUUGGCAUUCAAAAGGUUAAGAAUCAUAUAAUUUUUUUAAAGACUUCAAGUAACGCGUGUGGCUACAACCCAAUAUCAAC